CCCGGCGGGCAGCUGUGAGCCGGGCGCAGCAGGGCGAGGCAAGGUCGUGCAGGCAGCAUGGCGCUGGGCUUGGAGCAGGCGGAGGAGCAGCGGCUGUACCAGCAGACGCUGCUGCAGGACGGGCUCAAGGACAUGCUGGACCACGGCAAGUUCCUGGACUGCGUGGUGCGCGUGGGCGAGCGGGAGUUCCCGUGCCACCGCCUGGUGCUGGCGGCCUGCAGCCCCUACUUCCGCGCGCGCUUCCUGGCCGAGUCCGAGCACGCCGGCGAGCUGCGGCUGGAGGAGGUGUCGGCCGACGUGGUGGCCCAGGUGCUGCACUACCUGUACACGUCGGAGAUCGCGCUGGACGAGCGGAGCGUGCAGGAGCUGUUCGCCGCGGCGCACCGCCUGCAGAUCCCGUCCAUCUUCACCAUCUGCGUGUCCUUCCUGCAGAAGCGCCUGUGCCUCGCCAACUGCCUGGCGGUGCUGCGCCUCGGCCUCCUGCUUGACUGCGCGCGCCUGGCGGUGGCGGCCCGCGACUUCGUCUGCGCGCGCUUCCCGCUCGUGGCGCGCGACGCCGACUUCCUGGGGCUGUCGGCCGACGAGCUCAUCGCCAUCAUCUCCAGCGACGGCCUCAACGUGGAGACGGAGGAGGAGGUGUUCGAGGCGGUGAUGCGCUGGGCGGAGGCGGGCGACGCCGAGGCGCAGGCGGAGCGCGGGCGCGCGCUGCCCACCGUGUUCGAGAGCGUGCGGUGCCGCCUGCUGCCCCGCGCCUUCCUGCAGCAGCGCGUGGAGCGCCACCCGCUCGUGCGCGCACAGCCCGAGCUGCUGCGCCGCCUGCGGCUGGUCCAGGACGCGCACGAGGGCCGCCUGACCGUGCUGCGCAGGAAGAAGCAGGGCCGCGGGCCCGGGGGGCAGGAGCGGCCGGGGGCCGGGGCCGCGGCCGGGGAGAAGGAGGAGAAGGAGGAGGAGGAGGAGCGCGCCGAUGAGGAGCGCGUCCUCCCCGGGAUCCUCAACGACACGCUGCGCUUCGGCAUGUUCCUGCAGGACCUCAUCUUGAUGGUCAGCGAGCAGGGCGCCGUGGCCUACGACCCCGCGGCCAACGAGUGCUACUGUGCUUCCCUCUCCACCCAGGUCCCCAAAAACCACGUCAGCCUGGUGACCAAGGAGAACCAGGUCUUCGUGGCCGGGGGCCUGUUCUACAACGAGGACAACAAAGAGGACCCCAUGAGUGCUUACUUUCUGCAGUUCGACCACCUGGACUCAGAGUGGCUGGGGAUGCCACCUCUCCCUUCUCCACGCUGCCUCUUUGGCUUGGGAGAGGCUCUCAACUCCAUCUAUGUGGUCGGCGGCCGAGAGCUCAAGGAUGGCGAGCUCAGCCUGGACUCGGUCAUGUGCUACGACAGGCUGUCAUUCAAAUGGGGUGAGUCAGACCCCCUGCCUUAUGCUGUGUAUGGCCACAUGGUGCUGUCACACAUGGACCUUGUCUACGUCAUUGGAGGCAAAGGCAGCGACAGGAAGUGCCUUAACAAGAUGUGUGUGUAUGACCCUAAGAAGUUCGAGUGGAAGGAGCUGGCACCCAUGCAGACUGCCCGCUCACUCUUUGGGGCGACCAUCCACGAUGGCCGAAUUUUUGUGGCUGCUGGAGUCACAGACACGGGGCUGACCAGUUCCACCGAGGUGUACAACAUCGCGGACAACAAGUGGGCACCCUUCGAGGCCUUCCCACAGGAGCGAAGCUCACUCAGCCUGGUCAGCCUGACGGGCGUCCUCUAUGCCAUUGGUGGCUUUGCCACCCUGGAGACCGAGUCUGGGGAACUGGUUCCUACAGAGCUCAAUGACGUCUGGAGGUACAACGAGGAUGAAAAGAAGUGGGAAGGGGUCCUGCGAGAGAUUGCCUACGCCGCAGGGGCCACCUUUGUCCCCGUGCGGCUCAACGUGUUGCGUCUGACCAAGAUGUGAGCAGCCAGGAGGGAAGCACCACUCCCAGCAUGUGGCUGGCAGGGCCUGGCCUUGGGGGCAGGGGGCCGGGGAGAGGCCAGAGCCACCCAGACCCUGAGCAGUACCUGGGGCGGCUUCAGUCAGGGGAGGAGCAGGCUUGUGCUUGCCUGGUCUGCUUGACCCUUUGGAGCAGGGAAAAGGAACCUUGGGGCCCUCCACAGUUCUCCUAGGCCCUCUGAUCUUCCUGGUCCACAAGCCAGGCUGCAGGGAGGUGUCCCAGGCUAUGUGGGUUGGUCAGUUCCCUGCAGGACCGUCUCCUUGCCUGUCAGUGCCUUGCAGUGUGGAUAAGCCUCCUUCUUUACAAAGAAUAAAAUGCCUCCUGAGUCAGCUGCUUGGGGGCUGGAACCAGG